CAGUGAACGCGGACGCGGAAGAGGGGGGCCGGUGGCAACAACACGGCGCGUGGUGCAGGUGGUUGUGGGGGUGCAGGUGGAUGUCGGCAGGGCCCCCCCCGAGUCUCGUGCUCUUCUCGCACUGCGGCCCCCGCGUGGUGGUGGGGGCGCGGGUCCCCCCGCUGUGUCCGCUCUGCGGGGCUUCCCUCGGGGGGGCCCCCCUCCCCGAGCCCCCCGUGAGCCUCCGAGCCCCCCUCUCCAGCGCCCACAGCUCCCCACAUCAGCUGGCCGUGCGGCCCACGCGGGGGGCCUUCCUCACUGACUACCAUGAAGGAGUGGACCUGCACGUUGGCAUCAGCGACUCCCAAGGUGGGGUGUAUCACUUCUGGGAGGGGGGCGUCUCUCGCGACGCCUGUGGAUGGGGGUCCUGCGUCUGUGUGCCCCUGCGAGAUUGCAUCGCACCCCAGGGGUCAGGGGAGCCCUGGGGGGCUUGGGGGUGGGGGCUUGGGGGGGGCUGGGGGGCCGGUAACCCGCUCUGGGACUCGCAUUUGGAGGCCAUGGCCCAGAGCGCGGAGUGGAGCAGCGAGAGCUAUGAAGAGCUCGGCCACAACUGCUUCGACUUUGCCCUCGCGUUCCUCGCUCUCGUGCAGCAGCGGCUGGCACUGCCCGCGUGGGGCAGCCCUACGGAGGAGCCCCCCAUGGAGGAGCCCCCCGCGGGACGCACACAACCAACACCGCGAGAGGGGUGGGGAGAGGAGGAGAGUGGAGGGAGGGGGGCAAGGAGGAGGAGGAGCGAGGAGGGAGCGAGUGACUCGGCGAGUGUGUCGGUGAAUGACGCGGCGAGUGACGCAGUGAAUAACACAGCGAGUGGCUCUCCGAGUAACUCUGUGAGUGUUUCGGCGAGUGACUCCCCUGCGAGCGUUUCGGGGAGGGAGCGAGCCAGGCUGCGGCUGGUGGAGCGUGUGCUCGUCCCGGCGACGCGCCGCGUCUCCCGCUACCUCGCCGUGCUCGCCCACGUGCUCGCCCACGGUUACUACCUCCCCCCUGACACGUAACCCCUUGACCCAACCUCCAUCCCCCCCCCCCCAUCGUCUCCUGUCUCUCUCCCUCUCUCGCUCUGCACGCGGCGCAAAGCCCAGCACUCCCGUCUUGUGUCAGACUUGUUCCCCAUCUCGCGCGAUUUUGCAGGUGAAAUGUGAAAUUUUGUGAAAAUAAAACCGCUAAUAAGAAUGA